AGCGCCAUGGAGGUGCCGUGAGGCGCGGCCGCCGCGACGCGCGGGCUGCCGAGUGUGCUGGUCCUCUGAUCCCUUUCAGAAUGCCGCUGGUAAAAAGGAACAUUGACCCCAGGCACCUGUGCCACACUGCUCUGCCCCGAGGAAUCAAGAACGAACUGGAAUGUGUCACCAAUAUUUCCUUGGCAAAUAUAAUCAGACAGCUGAGCAGCUUAAGUAAAUAUGCAGAAGACAUAUUUGGAGAACUCUUCAAUGAAGCACACAGCUUCUCCUUCAGAGUCAACUCCUUGCAGGAACGUGUAGAUCGCUUGUCUGUCAGCGUUACGCAGCUUGAUCCAAAAGAGGAGGAACUGUCGCUGCAGGACAUUACAAUGAGGAAAGCUUUCCGAAGUUCCACAAUUCAGGAUCAGCAGCUGUUUGACCGCAAAACUCUGCCUAUUCCUUUGCAAGAAACGUAUGACAUUUGUGAACAGCCUCCUCCUCUUAACAUUCUCACCCCUUACAGGGAUGAUGGAAAAGAAGGUCUGAAGUUUUAUACCAAUCCUUCCUACUUCUUUGAUCUAUGGAAGGAAAAGAUGUUGCAGGACACUGAGGAUAAAAGAAAAGAGAAGAGGAAGCAGAAGCAGAAGAAUCUCGAUCGCCCGCAUGAACCCGAAAAAGUGCCCAGGGCACCUCAUGACAGACGGAGAGAGUGGCAGAAGUUAGCCCAAGGUCCGGAGCUYGCCGAGGAUGAUGCUAACCUCUUACAUAAGCACAUUGAAGUGGCUAAUGGCCCAGCUUCACAUUUCGAAUCAAGAUCUCAAGCAUACAUGGAUCAUCUGGAUGGAUCGUAUUCCCUUUCUGCGUUGCCCUAUAGCCAGAUGUCUGAGCUGCUGAACAGAGCGGAGGAGAGAGUGUUGGUGAGACCGCACGAGCCACCACCUCCGCCUCCCAUGCACGGCGCGGGCGAAGGGAAAGCGGUGCCUGCUUGCGUUAGGAUAAGGAAUGACGGUGUCCCGCCUGUGGUUUGCUGUUCUGCAGGUAUCCAGCUCCGCAAGGUGGAGGAGCAGCGUGAGCAGGAAGCGAAACACGAGCGCAUUGAGAACGAUGUUGCCACCAUCCUGUCCCGCCGCAUCGCUGUGGAGUACAGCGACUCGGAGGACGAUUCAGAGUUUGACGAAGUGGAUUGGCUAGAGUAAAACGAUCACAUUGCUGUACACUGCAAAAUCGAAUGCUAAUGUCCAUUGUGGUGCUUGUCCUUUGAAAGUUUGAUGGUCAUUUCUAGUGUUUUUUGUAUUYUUUUCUUUACAUAAUUAAUCCAUGUUUUUCUACUUUUCAGUUUACACAAGAACUCCUAGUGCAUCUUUGAAACUAAAUGUUUUACGGUGGCUUUUCUUACACAUCUUUUUGAAAGAACAUACUUUCUUCCAAUAGACCACUAAGUAUUAAGCAUGGGCAGCUGUUGGUAGAGUAGCAGUUUCAAUUUUUUGGCAUAUCUUAACUGUGCACUUUGUGAAUUUUAAGUUAAUGAAGGCAACUGAGAUUGACAUUCCAAGGGCAGCUGUAUGUACUAAUGAGCCUUAUUCCACUUUUGAUAAUGUUUUAAAAACAUUAAGCUAUCAAGAUAYCACUGCCUCGAUUACAUCUGUACACUAAAAGUACAUAUAGUUAGCAGCACUGAACACACUGAAAGGAAAAUGGAUCUUUGGGGGGUUUAUUAUUGUUUUAUUGUUGUUUUUAAAUAAUUAUGGCCUUAUUUGAAUGUUUAGAGAUUCCCUUUCCCCUUCCUCCUUCCCAGGUACAUAUUGUGUGGUACUAUUUUUGCCUGCAUAUUAAAGUUUAAUUUUUUUUUCCUUGUGAAAUCUUCUGACUUAAACAUGCUGUGUAACUUAUGUAACUGUUAAAAUAACAGUUUGAUUUAAUAAAUGGUUCAUUUUAAAUGU